AUGCCACCUCGAGGUAAUGAAGGUCUGGAUUUUACACCCAUCCUCACCCAUUAUCUCUUUCUCUUCACCUCUGUUCUUUCCAUUCUUGCCUGGUUCAUAGCGUUCAUCUCUCAGUGUUUUGCUCAAGCACAGCUACAUGGUGGGGUCGGCGUCCUAUGGUUCGCAAUCUUUCUCCAGCUCGCACUCAUCGCCGGUGUCCUGUUGACACUGGCGACCGAUUCAAUAUCCAUGCACCGUUUCCAAAUAUCUACCUUUGGCGCCGUCGCUAUCGUCUUCGCAGUAAUAGGGGUCAAUCAAGGCAUUUUCACGGGUGCUGGUUCCCUUGAGGCUAUGGCCGCUGGCUGGCUUAUCCUCGCCAUGUGCGACAUCCUCUGGGUUCUCUAUUUUACAUCGGAAGAAGAUUCCCUCGCUCUAUACAUCUUCAACUCCAUGGGCACUGGUGGCCUCACCCCUCCGUCGCGUCGUCGGAGGACACGUACACAAUCUUCCAUGCACAACGUUCAGACGGGCAAUGGAUACACAACCAACUAUUCCUCCGGCGGUGGGAUCGGAUCAAACGACGCAUAUGACCCAGCCAAGGUGGGGAGCGGAGCGUUUGGCAGCACAAACAAUGUCAUCAGGAGCCAGGGUAGUUUUCAGGGGAGUCUGAACGACGGCAUGACGAGGAGUGUUGGAGGCACGGGCGCAGGGAGUAUACACAACCAACCAAGCGGUGCAGGCUCUAUCGGCGGCGCCGACAAUGGCCCUAACUCUCCGCUCAUGGCGGGCAUCGGAGCGGGAGGGUCCGGCGGAGGAUCUGCAACGGAGGCAAAUCCCCCAGUUGAUGUCUACUCGUACAAGGCAAAGGCGCUGUAUGCUUAUGUUGCUAACCCAGACGAUCCAAAUGAAAUAUCCUUCCAAAAAGGAGAGAUUCUCGACAUCGUAGACAAGCAAGGGAAGUGGUGGCAAGCAAAAAAAGGAGAUGGAACACUAGGAAUUGCACCCUCCAAUUAUUUGCAAAUAAUCUAAAAACGCAAUCGCGGUGUAUCUCGCACGCCCAGUGUUCUCAUACUUACGCCUAGCCAUCUACGACUAUUUACGUCCGCCCCAUCAUGCUUUUAAUUCCCAUGGAGACAACAAGAUCAUUUGCACAUAUAACCCCCCUUCCAAAUUCCGUUUAUCCUUGCUGUAUUCUCCUUCUGCUUGGCACGCGUUCUGGAAUUUGGUUUUAUAUCUUGUCUCCAUCUUGAUUCCCCCCUUCUGCAAAUUUGUUUUCAUGCAUAUGAUUCCUGAUACCAUCUACGGUUUUUUUAUCUAU